AUGGCUAAGUUUACCAAUCUACUGAAGUUCUGCCUAGUAUCUGCCAUUGUCAUUGUUGGAUCUAGAGCGGAAGAUUCCCGCAAGGAAGACACCCAUUCCCACAAGUACAACAUUCGCCUUACCGACGGGACCAGCUUUGAGAUUACCACACAUGGUUUUGAAGAAUUUUCAAAGUGUCUACAGCGUGGAGCAACAAAGGGGAACAACUCCGUGGAUAUUAUCAAGUUCAACAAGUGCGCUCGGGACCUGUACGACCGCGUCCAGUCAAAUAUCACAGAUCACCUACGCAUCAGGGAUGUCGGUGAACUGGGACCUGCGUUGCGAAACCUGUCUUCCCUUCACCGGCUGAAUGGCAACAUCCUAAAGAACCUGGAAGCUUUGCAGAACAGCUUCCAGAGGCUGUCCCUUCCACCAUCCGCUGGCGCACCAGGCAUCGAACCGUUGCAGCGAACACUGCAGUCCGCCAGCGAAGCCUUUCGCAACAUGUCGAAGUCUGUGACCUCAGGCGCGGCUCUGCAGACGGUGGUGCACAACUUCAACCGCACGCUGCAUACUUUCAACAACAUCGCCACGGCAGGCGUGAAUGCCAUGACGCCAACGGCCAAUCAGCUCAUGCACCGCUUCCAGGAAGACUUGAAGAACAUCCAGAAUGUGACCCGGUCGUUGCCCAGGACUGAUGUGGCGCGGCUCACGGAGCAGACGAGGGGCAACCUGACCCUGCUGGUGCGCAACCUGACCGGAGCUCUGCCUGUGCUUAUGCGAAGGGUCGCCACGCAGGGAGCGGAGAGCACGCGACCACUCAGGGAGUUUGUGACCGUUCUCUCGCACAAUCUCAGGAACGCCUCGGUCGCACUCUCAAGUAGCGGCCACGCUAGCGGCAACUCGACCGGCAACACGCUUCCGUCGGCGGGGCACGACCUGCUGCAGGCGUACGACGGUUUCCAGUUGGCCGUCAACAACGGAAUGCUCGCGAUGUCGGAUUUGGUGCGCGGGUCGCUGAAACUCGUGAACCCGGCCAACUGGCACGUUGGCCGGAUCGCGCACGGCACUGGAGAAGGACAAACGCCACAAGCUGGCAUCAACAAGUUCAUCGGGCAGCUCUUCAGGAGGAGAGGCUAAGCGUGUAGCGUAGUAGCACGCGUGUAGGUGAUUUUGUUUUUGCACAAACCGUUGGUGGGGACCACGAAUUGCGAGGUCAAAGCCAGCUGCCAUCUCCGGCCUCAUCAAGCUCAUGGGCCAGCUUUUCUAAAGGGAAGCCGAGUGUGUGUUCACAGAGGUAUCCAGUAGGCAUUUCAUCGAAAAGGCAGUCGAAUACGGAUCGCUAUACAGGGAAAUGUAAAACUUCAAACGUGUGAGCGUCCAAGAAUUGCUCUUUACUAGAGCUUGCGUGAAUGACAUCUUUCUGGGGAUUUUGUCACGGGGCAUACAGUGCUAAUUCAAGCAACUUUUAGGGCGGAGACACAAUACGUUCGACUCGCUUGACGGCGCACUUUUCUCAGCUUUGGUAUCUUAAUACGCAAUUUAGGAUUCUUAUAAGCAAAGAACUGUAAGGAUAACAUUAAACUCAUGGACAUGGAAAAAAGCCAGACUUUUUUUUGACCAUCGUAGCUUGUCUGCAGGUUGUGACAAGACUACUGGACUUGUGUUAACAGGUAAGAAAGCCAUAAUGUCGAACAAUUACUUGACGGAAGCGAACUUGUUGCCUCGGAUAACAUAAUUAUAUGGGUUGCACUUGUUUAGUCGUAUGCAAUUACUUAAUUCCCAUCGUUAAAACGUGUUGCCUUCGCGAGAAAUCUGACCAAUUUUGAGCUUCAAGGACCAGAAAAAAACGCGUUUGCACUUGUUACAUGUGGCUCACUCGCAUCCAACGUUUUAUAUUG